AUUAUGUAGACUCUUAUUUUAAUAUAGCUUAAUUUAAGUUUCUUUCUAACCGGAUCUGUGGACUAUUCACAGCGCAUAGCCUUUGGAUACUCUUUGAUUCACAAUACGCAUGUCUGAAUACUACGCAGGCGUAGAAACACGUCUACUCAUUCGGGACAAGGUUUAUUCAACAUGGGUUGACGCAUUGCUCUAAAACCUAAAAAUGAGAGGUGGAAGCUCGGAGCGCCUUGUCGUGCGGUCAUCACGACGCAGGGGAGAAACGCGUGCAAAACUCACUCGUUACAUCACUAUAGUAUUGGCUACCAUCCUCUGUGGUGGAGGAUCAGCUCUCCUGUUCCUCGUUCCUCUGUAUGCGGAUCCAGCGCUGAGCGCACUAGCCGCAGAUUUCGAUCCAACACCGGCGGAAUGUGUGACGGAGAGGCGCGACGAUCGGCUAGGCCUCGACAACUGCACCUGGGCCUCGUGCAGAGAAGGAUGCACGAGCGACGCCUACAAGUGUACCCAGCUCCAUGUGAAGUACAAAGCUUACAAUCACGAAUGGCGCCCCGCGGUUUUGUUUGUAAACAUAAAAGGCUGCGGAUAUCCGCCUGUCGUGGAUUGCACUAAUUUUACAUUGAACUACGGGUAUGUCGGUGCGAGAUAUCCUUGUUACUGGUCGAGAGCGGACACGACGGUUGUUGUUCCGCGUUGGUCUCGAGGAGAGCAGGUGGCCACCGUGACGAGGACCUUGGCUCUGCCGCUGUUUCUAUCAGGAUGUGCUGGGAUCGGUUUGUGCGCUUUGCACUGCGAAUGCAGACCUCAUCGUCGUCGUCGGCAUCCGAGACGUCCACCGCGUAUACCAACUCUUUCGCCGGAUGACACUUCAGUGUAUCGGCUGGCGUAAUACCAAUAUUAAUAUCAAAGUAAAACAUUUCUAUUUUAAUACAAGCACAAACGUAUAAAUAAUAUCAUUUCCUCAAAAGUCUAACAGUGUCGUGUGUAAAUAUAAUAAAUAAAAAGAUUAACAAAA